AUGAGGUUACAUUUGCAUUUAGAAGAUGAGGAACCUAUCAUAUACGAAGGUGAGGAUACUCUGCUUGAUGUUAUGCACAAACCCUCAAUUGGCAGAUCAAUGUUUUUGGCUUGGUUUAAAGCUAACAAACGUUAUAAAAAUGCAAGAGAUCUAUUGUAUGUCGAAUUUCCCCAAGAGUUUGUGUAUAACAGGAAAGACCUUAUAUGGACUCCAAGAGUAAGACCUAAAGUAUUUGGCAGAAUUCAUUACGUCCCUCCAUCAGCCGGUGACGUUUACUAUCUACGGAUUAUGCUAAACAAAGUUCGAGGCCCAACUUCUUAUAAAAAAUUAAAAACGGUUAACGGUACUAUCUAUCCUACUUUAAACCUGCCAGGUUUAACACUACAACCAGAAGAUGCCAAAAACAUUGUUUUGUCGUAUAUCGAAGAUUUGAUGGUACGCGGUGGUUCAACUCUUAAAAGGAUACCAAACAUGCCUUAUCCAAACUAUGAACGAGCAAAUGAAUCUACCAAUAUGCUUAUCCAUGACGAGCUCAACUAUGAAAGAAAAUCUUUGAAAGAAGAACAUGACCGCCUAUUCACGUUACUAACCGAUGAACAAAGAAAUGUCUAUCAAACCAUAAUGACAUCAGUGAAUGAUGAAGCAGGUGGAGUUUUCUUUGUUUACGGUUAUGGAGGAACUGGUGACAUAGUUAUAAACGUUGCAUCCAGCGGCAUUGCAUCAUUGUUACUAACUGGCAGAAGAACUGCUUAUUCAAGGUUUGGCAUUCCUAUCAAUUUAACUGAGGACUCAUUUUGUAACAUUAGUCCUGAUAGUGACAUGGCUGCAUUAUUAAGAAAAACUAAGUUGAUCAUCUGGGACGAGGCACCAAUGAUGCACCGACAUUGUUUUGAAGCUUUGGAUAGGACAAUGAGAGACAUAAUCCCAUCAACCCACUCAAAAGAUGCUGAAAAACCAUUUGGAGGGAAAGUAGUCGUUUUUGGUGGUGAUUUUCGGCAGGUUCUUCCCGUCAUUCCAGGAGCAAGUAGAAAUGAGGUGGUUAAUGCAUCUUUAAAUUCUUCUUACAUAUGGGAUAGUUGUCAAGUCUUAAGGCUUACUACUAACAUGCGGUUGAAAGUUGGAUCAAACAUAGUGGACAAGAAAGAGAUAGAAGUAUUUGGAAAAUGGAUUUUGGACAUUGGAGAGGGAAAAUUGAGUGGACAUAAUGAUGGAGAAGCACUGAUUGAAAUUCCACGAGACAUUCUACUUGACGACAAAGGUGAUGCUAUUGCUUCUAUAUCCUCAUGUAUUUAUCCUUCUCUUUCUGAACAUCUAGAUGAUCCAGAGUACUUCCAAGAUAGAGCAAUUUUGGUCCCAACAAAUGAGGAAGUUGAUUCAAUAAACUAUCACUUAUUGUCACUAAUUGAUGGGGAGGAAAAGAUAUACUACAGUCCAGAUAGCAUAUGUCCAACCGAUGAUUGUGAUGCUUUUGAAAAGUCAUUGUACACUUCGGAUAUUCUAAAUGCAGUCAAAUUAUCAGGUGUUCCAAAUCACAUCCUAACUCUUAAGGUAGGAGUCCCAGUCAUGUUACUUCGAAACAUCGACCAAGCAAAUGGGUUGUGCAACGGAACAAGAAUGCAAAUUAGGAAACUUGGUGAGCAUGUUAUUGAAGCUAAAGUAAUAACGGGAAGUCAUAGCGGUGAUAUUGUCCACAUUCCUAGAAUGAAGUUGGUACCUUCAGAUCGUAAAAUUCCAUUUAGACUUCAAAGAAGACAAUUUCCUGUUGUUGUCUGCUUUGCAAUGACUAUAAACAAGAGUCAAGGUCAAUCACUUUCCCAGGUAGGCUUAUUUUUAAAGAAAUCAGUUUUUAGUCAUGGACAACUAUAUGUUGCUGUUUCACGUGUGAAAAGCAAAAAAGGAUUAAAGGUUUUAGUUUGUGAUGAAGACAACAACCCAACCAACAUGACUAAAAAUGUUGUCUACAAAGAAGUAUUACAAAAGAUUUAG